UCCCGAUAUCCACCCCAGUACCUAAUUCCACUCCCAUGCUCUCCAUCGAUGAGGAAGAAAAGCGCCGUUGUGCCAGAUCUACCGAUGGCGAAUACCCAAACAUCCAAAUGCCAACCAAGGGAAAAAAAAACCGUAAUCACAUGUCCAUCUACCACGCCAAACAUCCAUAAAUCAUCCAUCUACUCCCAAACCAUAAUCAUCCAUCUACUCCCAAACCAUCCUCCCUACCACUCCAACUUCAACCCUUCCCACCCCUUACCCCUCUCAACCCUCUCCACACCCACACAAUUCCCCUUCCCCAACGCACCCCCAAAAAGAUGCGGAAACCACACGCUCUCCCCCUCCCCCUCUCCAAGCUUCACUUCCUCCCACUUCACCACCCCUUCGCUGUCCGCUCCAUCGACGUUCUUCACUUUGCCCUCGGCGCCAGAAGCAGUAUACGCGAGUUUAAAGAGAUACAGUUCUUCCGCGUCGGCAAAGAACCGCGCCGCGGUGCCAGGGACUUGUGUGGCGGUGGAAAGAUGGAUGAAGCCGUCGUUUGCGUCCAAGGGGGAUAGCGGGAGGGUUGCUGGGAGGGGGGUUGGGGGUGCGGUGGGGAGGAUUUUGUAG